GGCUGUGGCGCGUGCUUGCCGGAGGCGCUCUCGCGGGAACGCGACGCGUCCCUCAGUCGGAUUGCGACGCCCGCCCGCUCCGGUGUCGGCGACCCCGAGGUCGCAGCGCGCGCAGGUUUCUCGCCCUACCGCAAGGGCAGCUCGAGUGGCGCAAGCGUCGAGGCGUUGAACUCUCCGCCGCGAUGCCGCGCGCCCUGUUCCCGAUGGAGCUGCCGCGGAUCCGAGAUAUCCUCCAGCGCCUCCAUUCCGGAGGGCGAGCGAUGGCGGGCGCGGACGGGGAGCAGCGGGCGGCGGCGACGCCCCCGCCGGACGCGAGUGCAGCCUCAGCCUCCGCCCCCGCAGCUGCCGCCCCCGCGGAGGGCAGCCCGCGCUCCGCCCACCGGCUCAGCCUGAGGAAGAGCUUCCGCUCGCUGUCGGCGGCCCGUACGCGGUCUCGGCCUUCCCACUCACACCCUCCAGAUAAGAAUGAGCCCUCAAGAUUCUUGGGAGAAGGGGUGAGCUUCAAGGCUAAAUUGAUUGGAAUUUUGGAGGUUAACGAAGCUCGUGGUGACCGAAUGUGUCAAGAGGCUUUGGCAGAUCUCAAAAUGGCAAUCAGAGCUGCUGGAGAACACAAGCAAAGGAUCAACAUAAAUAUUGCCAUAGAUGGUUUGCGUCUCAGGGAUGAAAAGACAGGGGAUUGCUUGUACCAUCAUCCUGUUCACAAAAUAUCAUUUAUUGCACAAGAUAUGUCCGAUUCAAGGGCAUUUGGUUAUAUUUUCGGCUCACCGGAUACUGGACAUAGAUUUUUUGGAAUAAAGACUGAUAAAGCAGCGAGUCAGGUUGUAAUUGCAAUGCGAGAUUUGUUUCAAGUUGUAUUUGAACUGAAAAAGAAAGAGAUCGAGUUAGCCAAGCAGCAUAUUGAGCAACACCAAAUAAAGUUAGGAGGUGGGCUGUUUUCAGAAGGCUCAUCAGGCACAAAGAAUGGAGCAAGCAGCUUGGAGCCAGGAGCAAGUAAGAUGAGAACUAUUCAGGAAGACUCAGCAGUGAAAGAGAAUGGAACAGCUGCUUCAUCUAAAUCCGCUCAACAAACGUCCGAGGUUAUAGCAGAUCUUCUAGACCUGGAAUUUGAACUGAACAGCAUACAGCAAGGAAUUCAUCAAAUGGAAAGAAUAACGCCAUCUGAUCCAUUUGGACCUUCGUCUAUCAGAGAAGACCCCUUUGGAAGUGAUCCAUUUGGGGAUUCAUUUGCCCCUGCAACGACAGCGGCACCAACUCCGAAGUCAAGCAAGCAGCCUAUAGCUAUUUUGCCACCACCUCCGUCAGCAAAGGAGCCUGUUCGUUCCCUAGCAGACCCAUUCAACGUACCAGCAACAUCUCGUGGUACCAGCAGGCGGUCGACCAAUCGAGCAGCUACGAGUGAACAACUACCCGCUCCUGCCCCAAGUACUGUGAAGCCAGUGCAAACUCAGGCGCCUACCGCACAGCCGGAGAAGCACUGGUUUGACCAAGAGACUGAGUCCCUUUUUGAUGAAGGUGAAUUGGUGACGCCACCAUUAACAUCCUCUGUAAAUACUGUGACAUUGCCACCAGUACAGCCACUUUCUGAGCAAGAUGAUAAGGAGUCCAGGAGGAGUCCUUCAGCGCAGAAAGCUGAGAAGCCGUUUGAUGUUUUCACUGAACUGGACCCACUUGGUACGGGCCGCAGUAAGCCGUAUGUGGACAGAAAAGACUUUUUCCAGGAACUGAAGAAUCCACCAAAGAAAGUUCUUAAAGACUUAGUCACAGAAAUUCCUUCCGAAGCUACAGCCCCAUUAUUCCAGGCGACGUUUGAGAAAGGAAGUAAUGCACUGACUCCAGGAGAUGGUGAUUUGCCGUGCUCCACGAGUACUGUGCUGUCGAGUGGCGACAAAACGACUGUCACAUUUAGUCCACUGACUACCUCAGCUCUAACCACAAUGUCAGCCAAAAAGCCGUUGGUGUUAGAUGUUGACCCAUUCGAAGACACUGAUCCAUUUGAUAAGACUGAUCCCUUUGCUGAAGACGAUUUUCCUCAAAAUAAUUCGUUCCCAACGUUAGGCAGCAGUAGUGACCCUUUUGAUACCGGUUUCGCUGAUUUUACCAUGUUCGCAAAGCCAAAGAAGAACGAAGUUUUUGCUGGCAUUGCAGCACCUGUGCCAGCACAGGGCGAUGUUAAACCGUCUACGCUCAUGUCCUCGGCUGAAAGCACCACCCCUCAAACUUUCCACGGACCACUGAGAGUUUCAUUGCCUCCCGAGAAAACAGAUGUAGACACAGUUCUUACCACACAGUCUGUGACACUACCUUCGUCAUCUACAGCCCCUCCAUCCGUACUGGAAAGUCCUGUAGAUACACUUAGCAAAUCAAAGAGUAAAACUCCACGGCUCAGUAAACAAACCACAUUGUCUACAAUGGUGAAACUGCCAAGCCCGAAGUCAACGCCACGAUCCUCGUCACGCCUUGUAAAGCAGAUCACUGUGGACUCGUGCACAACCAGUAGCACAACACAAUCAGUGCGUCUGAGUCCUACGCCUCCGAUGCCUCCGACACCAUCAAAAUCGGACAGGAAGUCACCAGUAAGCCAGGGCGUCUUGGAAGGUGUUACGCUACGCAAUCGGUGUGCCGUGACCCCUUCUCCUCCAGUGGUCGCCAGUUUCCCAGAUUCUGGAGACGGUGACAGUACCUCGAGACUGUCGGGAUCCAGUGCUGAGCUGGCAGAGAUAGCCCCUGAACCGCCACCGAGGCCUGCAGCUAGCAUUGCGGCCAUCAAGCCACCUCCGCUACCUCCAAAGCGGCAGCAGAUUAGCUGUAUGAUGAAACCACCUCCUAGACCUCCACACGCGGAUGAACCACCUCACUAUGACUAUAUAGAAAAUUACGAAACGUCAACAUCACCCACUCCUCAUGAAAUCGACGUGUUACAAAGUCCACCCCUCCCAGUUCCAGCAAGAAGGCCAAAAUUUCCGGAAGUUGACUUUGUACCUCAGAGACCAAGGAGGCAACAACCUCCCCAACCUCUCUCUGCAAAAUCUUCAAUAGGCAGUGACGACUACUUAACACCUACACCUUUUCCGUUACUACCUCCACCUCAGAAGAAAAGUCCUAGCACAGACAGCGGCAAGUUCCAUAACCUCCCCAAGGCUCGUUCGCCAGUUAUGACGACAAUUGAUUCCAUCCUUAUGUCAACCUCGAGUGCAACAACCACAUCAGCGAGUGAUGACCGAAAGAAAAAGCCGAGUACUUCACUAAAUAUUACUUUAAGUCAGCUCACAAAAACGGGAUUGCAAGAUUUAGCAGCAGCGUUAGGUGUUUCUCCCGGGCAUUUAUCCAACAUGACACUCCAGGAACUUACUAACUGCCUCUCCAAGCUUUCGACAGAAGCUCAAGGCCCCGAAAAUGGCGGCGAGGAAACAAAGACAGAAACAGAUGCGAUUAAGAGAGACAAAUAUGCCACACUGAGAGAGUCGGUGGACGAUGAACCAGAGUUUAAGGCAGACUUUGAAACUAAUUUUGAACCAACAGACUCAUCGGACAAACUGGAAGAUGUUUUCCAGGAAGCACCAUUUGAUAAAUAUGCUGUAUUCCGAGAAUUGAUUGAAGAAGCUAAAGAUGAUAGGCGGACCAAAGGAAGCACAGAUUCUGUAGAUGCUGAACCCAAACAACGAGUAGUAGUCUCCGAAAGUUCCGCAGAAGAGAUGAAGGCAAGAAAGGAGGCUGAGGAUAAAUAUGCUGCACUUAGGGAGAUUUCUCUAGAUGAAGGUGCCGCUGAAAAAGAGGAUGGCGACACGUCAAGCGAGAAAGACGACAGUAUUGCAGAAGGUAUCAAACCAGAGGAAGAGGAUGAUUUGUUAACGUUAUCAAGACAGCAGAGUGAAAGCACUGAAUCGCCCACUGUUGAAGCGGUGACGCUUCGUGAACCCCAGUCGAUCAUUGAAACAACUAUAUUAGAGGAAGACGCAACUGCUUUAGAAGAUGAUGCUGGAGCUGGUGCUGAAGAAAUAAAACACACAUCACCACUUUCCGCAGAAAUAAGCCCUGUCACAAAGAAUGCUGACGAGCAAGAGGCAGUAGAAUCAGCAGACGGUAAUAAUGGAUCGUCAGUAUCUGAAAAAGAAGACGCCACUAACGAUAUUGGUUCUCCCGAUAAGGAUGAUGACAGAGCUGAAGGCGUGUCCAGUGCUGAGGGUUGGGCAAAAUUUGACUCAAUUGUACCAGAAAAGACUUCACCUGAUACGCAGAGAGAGGAAGUAUCUUCACCAUGGUCAUCCGAUGGGAAAGAAACAGGGAGAAUGCCUCCAGCUAGUUACCAGGAUCAUUUGGAAAGAGAACAAGAAAUGGAAAGAAGAAGAAGAAUGAGAGCACGAGGUCAGUGGCGUGAUGAUGAUGAAGAAGAAGAAGGCUGGGAAGACAGGAGGGCAGAUGGUAUGCCAUGGCAGGAAAGGCCUUGGAGAGAAAAUGGUUGGAGUGACGGAGAGCCAUAUUAUGAUGAUGGUAUUCACCGUAAAGAAAGAAUGUACCACGAAGAAAGGACAGCAAGAAGAAGACGACCUGCUCCGUGGAAAAGUGGUCAGAGAAGUUCAAGGGAUCCAUCCCCUUGGGAACAGGAUGAUAAAGACAAUGAAGACCACGGAUGGGUUACUGUGAAUAAGAGGUGGCGUGACAGAUCUGUUGAUGAAGAUGAAGAAGAGGAAGAAGAAGAAUAUGAAAUAUCUAGAAAACCUCGAUCCAAACAGUAUCCUGCACCAAGAGACGAUGAGCGGUGGAGGAGAUAUGAACACAGAGAAAUGAAUGGGUUAGAGUAUGAGGAAGGCAGGAAAAGACGUCCAUCUCCUUGGAGAGGAGAAGGUGAAAGUCGAAGCAGUUGGGAAUCAGUGUCAUGGGAUGAAGAAGAACGAUUUUCACAACGCGAAUAUUGUGAUAGACGAAGUAAAGCAGAACGUGAAGAAGUGUACUGGCGCAGAAGAGAACUUGAACAUGAUGGAAGACCAUAUCCUUGGAGCAGGAAGUGUGUUCCCCCUGACGAAGAUUACAUGCGACCAGAGCAAACCCUUAGGUGGAAAGGUGAAAGAUAUCAUAGAUAUUCGAGGGAUCGUUCUCGGGAACUACCAUGGGAGGAUGAUUACAGUGAACAAGGGGAUGAAGAAUCACCCAGGUACUUGGGAAGGAAACAGAAUUGGCCAAAACGGCCUAGUAGUGCAACAGAAUCACGCUGGACUCCAGAAAAAGGACCCGCCAGCGAUUAUGUGCCAAGAAUUGGAGAAAAACAACAGCAUUCUCUUCCAAGUGCAGCACGCUCAGAUAGGCCAGACAGUAUUGAGAAAAUGGGAAGCUACACUAUGACCGAACGAAGAUAUCGUGAGAAAGUAGGCAGGCGACCGAGGAGUCGGGAAGGAUAUUUUAAUUCUGAUCAGGAAUAUGAUUAUUGGCCACAGCAAGAAAGGCCCCGCAGGCAAGACAAAGAAAUAGGUUACGAUCAGAGAUCACAGACACUCCAUACGAGGAGACCUCAGCGAUACAAAAAAAGCAGUGAAUAUAGCUACAGUCAGAAGUCACCAUUCGAUGAUGAUUUCACAAUGCAACCAUUUGAAGUAGGUAUAGAUAUUAACAAAAGCCAAGGUGCAGAAUCAGAUGCAUCAGAUUCUGCAAAACAAAGAUCUCCUGCACUCUCAAGUCACAGUCUCCCUGUAACAGCUGGUUCUUCUGUUGAAACUUUCGCAAAGGGUAAGGAAAGCCAUACUAGUGAUCCUAAUUCCCGGCCAAAGGAAAUAGGCCUGAGUAGUCCUCCAGAACCCUAUCAAUCUUCACUUGGGGAAGACACAAAUAGAGUUAGAACUCCAAGGAGCUCAACUCACAGAAAAUCUCCAUUUGAAGAUGACUUUACUCCUACUGAAAUACGAGGCAUCAGGCUUGCAUCAAGUGUAUCAAGUGAUAUAAGUGACCACAGGAAGUCACCUUAUGAGGACACCAAACCGUGUAGUAGAGGCCCAAGUGUGGUAGAUGAACCUGCUUGUGCUAGUGUUCUUGACCAGAAAAAUGGUAAACUAAGUGAUGAUGUUUUUCUUCCUGCAGGCACCUCAGAAACAGGAAAAACGCACAGUGAACAUGCUUUUGCUGAUUUUGAAAGCAUGCCCUUUGGUGAUGGUGAAUUCAUCCCUUCACCAAAAACUCUUUCUGAAAGCAAAAAUAGUGAUAAGAAAGCACCUGGAACAGUGUGGAGUGGUGAAGACUCUAAUAAACAUGAUAAAUUUCAUCCAGGAAUGAAACUUCGUAUGUCAAACCUUAUGAGAGCAGAUUCAUCAACAAGUUUGAAAAAGUCAGAAUCAAUAAAUAUUUUUGUACGUGAAAGUGAUCCGUUUGAUGACGACUUCUUCUGCAGUGAUACAGCUUCGACAAUACCCCGUCCACGCUCUGAGAACACUGGUCGGGCAGAAGAAAAAUCUGGUGCUAGUAAUCAGACUGAAGUCUUCAACUGGACUCAAGCCUUUGACUCCUUCAACUUUGAAGAAGAGAAGUGAGCUCUUCAAGAAUAGUACCAGUGAACUGAUCAAAGAGAUAUUGCAGUGACAGUGAAAACUGAAUUGCAGUUGUGAUGCCAACUUACAUGAAAUUCACAUUUUAAAUCAUGUAGGUUAAUUUUGUUUGUGAAGAAAUUCAUCCAUACCAUGUAAUUACUUAAUACUCACUGCUUAUUACUGACAAAACUGCAGUGUGUACCAUUAUAAAGGAGCCGUGAUUGUUUCA